AUGGGCUUCAAAUCUCCAACAAGCUAAAGCUUUUAAAAAAUAAAGCUUGAUAAUCUGGAUAACUACUCAUAAUACUCUUUUAAUCUAGAAAAAGUAAGUAGUAGCGGGACUCCGAUGGUAAGAAAUCACUCUAAUAGCCAUAUUUCUAACACACCAUCAAGUGUUUAUGUUAGAGAGUAACUAAGCUAAUUUUAAAAUAAAAAUUCUAAUAAAUUCAAAAAAUUGAAAGAGCUAACAAUGUCAGUUAAUAGCCCAACAUAUUUUUAAUCUUUGUCUACACCUUAAAAUCCAGUUUAUUUAAACACCACUGCAAGUAAUAGCUUGCUAAAUAGCGAAACAAAAAAACCAUUAUUCAAAUCGCCAAAUUUAGUGUAACGAUAAUUAGCAUCUGCAUCUAAGAUAGUCUCAGUAAGCUAAGUAUAGCUCGCAAGAGGAAUUCCCAAGAAGAUAGAAUUUAUUACAGAAGAUAUCAAUUAAGCAACUAUAAACUCAGCUUAAAAGGAGUUAUCAAGUGCUACCAAAAGUGAGAAUCAAUAGGAAAGCUUUUUUACAAAAGAAUAAAAGUAGAAGCUUAGCAAACUGAAAAAAAUGUACAAAAAUAUUUAAGAGCAAUAGGAAGCAGAAUUAAAAAUAGCAAGCAAAUUAUAAGAAGAACUAAAUUAAUAGGUGUCAGGAGAUAAAAAGGUUUUUUAUGGUCCUAUUGAGGCUGUACAUGAGUUUGAAAACUAAAUUAUAGGAGAAGCUGCACCAAUGUAUUCUGCAUCUCCUUCGUUAAACAAAAAAAUAAUAAAGCUCCAUACAGAAUAUGUUCCAGACGCUAUCAUGAACCCUUAAUAGCAGCUUUAGUAGAUCCAUAAUUAAUCUUACACAGCUUAUGAAAGUGUUAAAUAAAGCAGAAUAGAAAGUGCGAAAUUAUACAGAAAUGCUGUUGCCUCAAUGAGCAAGUAAAUAAAGCCAGUUUCGAAAGAAUUUGAAGAACUGAAGUAAAAAUUAAAUGGUAAACAUACUGACUAGAUUGAAAAAAUACUAAUAAAGCUUAGUAUCAUAAACAUCGAUAAAAACUAGAGGCUAAAAGAUAAUGCAAAUAAUUAAAUAGUAUUUGACAAAAUGAUGACAGAAAUUUGCAAAAAGAGGGAGAAAGUAACUAAGCAUUCAAUUGCAAGAACUAAAGUGAAAGAAAAGUUGAAUGAAGAGGACUUGAAAAUUAAUUAUGUGAACAUACCUAAGUUUGAUAGCAACUACAAAAAAGAUUUUUUUGUACUAGAUAACCAAACUGUCUAAAGAUAUAGAAAAUAUCCAGAUGAUUUAAUAGACUUAAUUUAAAGUUAUAGUCAUGGUUAAGAACAGCUUAUUGAAUCACUUAAGGAUCAAAAUGCUCCAUGUCUCUUUGACAUAAAUAAAUUUUCUGAAAGUGAGUUUGAUCCUUAUUUCACAAAUAUCUACUUAAAAGAAGUAAUGUCCAAACAUCUGAUCUUCAAAAAAGGAUAAAAAUUAGAUUUCUUUGGGAAAAAGCAAAUAAAAAAAAGAACAAUCGAAGAUAUUCUAAAUAAAUUUAACCACCCAAGUUAAUGCUCUUCUUCCUUUGAUUCAGAAUCGUCAUUUUAUUAUUUAUCAACAAAUGAAUAGCUCAUAGAGGAAGAAAAAUGA